CCUCAGUCCUCGUCACCUCCCCGUCUCUCUCAACUCGCUUGCAAACCCGCAACAGCAGAGAUGUCGUCCCUUUCCAUCUCCACUGCAACCGCUUUCUCUCUCCAUUCCAAACCCUUUCUCUCUUUACAAUCUCCACCGCAUCAGGCCAAGCUCUUCUCCCUCCGGUUCCACCAUCUCAGGUUUCAGGGUAAUCAUGGCGUGGUGAUGAAGAAGAACCGCCGUGGAUUUGGUGCGGUUUGUUACUCUGCGCCUCUCACUCCUCAGAACCUCCAAUGGGUCUGCACUGUGUCAUCUGCGGUUUUAAUGCUUUCAAGGGGAACUGCAGCACAGAAAUCAUUCCUUGUUCCUUUUUUUGCUUUACAGGCACCUACAAGCAUCAUCUCAUGGAUCAAGGGUGAAUAUGGUGCUUGGGCUGCAUUCUUGGCACUCCUUGUUCGUCUCUUCUUCUUCAUUCCUGGUGAACUGGAGCUGCCUUUUGUAGCAUUACUACUGGUGAUUGUGGCACCCUAUCAAGUAAUGAACCUAAGGGGAACACAAAUGGGUGCGAUUGUUUCCCUGUUGAUUGCUGGAUACCUGGCUUUUCAGCAUUUCUCACGGGCAGGCAGUUUACAAAGAGCAUUCAACCAAGGUUCAGUUGUUGCCAGCUUAGCCAUCAUUUGUACUACUGCAGUGUCAUGCUUACUCUUUAUUUGAUUUUAUUGUGGAAUCAUAGUGAAGGAUUAUAUCAAUCAUCUGUAUAUUAUUGUAACUCGUAUCAAGAGUAACGGAAGCAAAAUAAUGUCAUAAAUUCUGAUACUUUCUUUCUUUUGCUUAUGCUUAAUGCAUUAUUUCUUUCCUAUGGAA